AUGAACGAAGAGGAAAAGGUUUUCUUCAAAUUUACGGAAAGUAAAAUUCUGCUAAGCGAGUUCUGCGAGGAAUAUGUUAAGGCGAAAAAGAAGGAAGAAAUCCUCACGCAAGAACUAAAUAAAGUACAACUAAAAAAUUGCCAACUGGAAAAUGAAAUAGAGAAAUAUAAGGAGCUCGUAAGUAACAUAGAAAGGAAAAAAGACAAGGAAAUGGAAAAUUACAAUUUCGAAUAUGAUAUAAAAAUAAAAAAAUUAGAAACAGAAAUGGACGUACUCAAUUCCUGUCUCAGUAAGGAAAAAGAAAAUUACAAUUUGAAAGCUACAGAACUUAUAGGACUCAAAUUGGAAAAUGAAAAAUAUAAAGCCCAAUUAAGGGAUCGAAAAGAAAAUAAUCAUCAAGAAAAAGAAAAUAUAAAAAUGCUCUCACAGAAUAAUAUUAAUGUACUUAAUAAAAUGUAUGCAGACAUUAACCAAAAGGUGGAAGCCAUAAUGCAACAUUUACAUGAUAGUAAAAAUAACAGACACGAUAUUGAAGAGAAGAUAAAAACUUACCAAUCUCUUCUGAACGAAUAUUUAAAAAAAAUCACAGACACAAAUUUGAAAUACCAACAAUUUUAUAAAUUACAUAAAGAAGCACACUUCAAAAACAUGCUAAAUAAGUCAAAGAAAAAAGUUCUAAAGAGUCGCAUAGAGGAAUUAAUCAAUCAAAACCAAGUCCUAUCCAAUCAGGUCGAUGCCUUAAAAAAAAAUAUUGACCAUAUGGACGCAGAGAAAACGCAGUAUUUCCUACUUCUCAAAAAGGCAGAAAAAAAAAAAUUGUUUUUUUAUCAUAAAUUUAAGGAAAAAAAUGCCACCCAAGGUACUGACAAUGCCAUGCCUCAGCAUCAACUGGACUACCCCCGCCGUGAUGGUCCCAGGCGCUCCCAUUCGUAUGACACUUCAAGAAGAUCACCCCCUCAUGUUAACAUAGAGGACCAAGUUUUAUCCGACCAGAGAACUUGCAAAAAUGGGAAAACGAAUUCACCUCGAUAUGGAAAUAAUGCGCUGCUCAAAAAUGACACUCUCCCAUGGAAACAAGAUUCAAAACGAAAGAAUAGAAGCACAUCAAUUUAUAAGUACAGAGAUGUCAACAGGAAUAAAUCAUACCGCGCAGACGAAUUUAAUAUAAAAAAGGAAAGGAAGCGCAAGAAAAUCCUCUUCUUUUCUGACAACGAUCAUGAUAAAAAGCAGAAAAGGAAAAAUGAAAUUUCGAAUGAAAAAAGCACUGUGCAGUAUAUUGAUUUAAUAGUUAAUUCGAAAAACUUAAUUUCCAACAAAAUGGGAUCUCAUGGAACUCCCCCUAAAACAGCACUGUGCUGA